CCUGAGAUCACUUGAAUGACUUGCAUUAUCGUGUAAUGAUGGACAAUUAGUAAAAAAGUGGGAGUGGGGAACAGAGAAAAGGAUAUAUAAAGGAAAUUACUUACAAGAAAAGCUAGUUUAUUACACGUAUCUAUGUCUGUAUUUAAUCGUCACGGCCGGCUUCUUCGAUAAGUUAUCUCUUUCAGGAAUAUACACAUAUGUCCAUAUUAUUAGGAGCUAUAAAACUUCAUCGGUCAGUUGAAACUGUUGCUAAAUCAUUUUACGGAGUUUACGGAGCACAUUUCAGCACAAUGGUUAAGGCGAAAAAGUAUGUGUUGGUGAAACAUUUCCAAGGGGAACCAAAACCUACUGAUCUACAAUUAGUGGAGGAAGAACUGCCUCCUAUCAAAAAUGAGGAAUUCCUGGUUCAGGCAGAAUUCCUUUCGGUGGAUCCUUAUAUGCGACCAUACACUCUUAGAUAUCCAACUGGGAUUACAAUGAUUGGUACACAAGUGGCUAAAAUAUUAGAAUCUAAGAAUUCAGAGUAUCCAGUGGGAAAAAGAGUUGUUGGUUAUUUUGGGUGGAGAACGCACACAAUUGUUAAUCCAAAGAACUUCAGUGACACAGACAUGCUGAAUCAGAAGCCGCUUCUUUUGCCAGAUAUUGGAAAUCUUUCACCUUCCCUAUGUUUAGGAGCUUUGGGAAUGCCAGGAAAUACAGCAUAUUUUGGCUUCAUAGAUAUCUGUGCGCCGAAAAAAGGUGAAACACUUGUUGUAAGCGGUGCUGCAGGAGCUGUUGGUUCUCACGUUGGUCAAAUAGGAAAAAAUGUUCUUGGGAUGAACGUUAUUGGCAUUGCUGGUUCUGAUGAAAAAUGUAAAUGGUUGGUUGAUGAGCUUGGCUUUGACCAUGCCAUUAACUACAAAACUGAGAAUGUUAAAACUGCAUUGAAAAAAGUAGCACCAAAAGGAGUCGAUUGUUACUUUGACAAUGUGGGAGGAGAUAUUUCCAGUACAGUGAUUUAUCAGAUGAACACUUUUGGCCGUGUUUCCGUAUGCGGAAGUAUUUCUUCAUACAAUGAAGAUCCUGCAUCUCUGCCUAAAACGGUUGUACUUCAGCCGGCUCUUGUAUUCAACCAGUUAAAAUUAGAAGGCUUCAUUGCAACUCGUUGGACCAAUCGUUGGAUGGAAGGAAUAUAUAAAAAUCUUCAAUGGAUACAGGAAGGAAAAGUUAAAACUCGCGAAACUGUUACCAAAGGUUUCGAAAAUAUGUUUGAAGCAUUUAGUGGCAUGUUAAAGGGUACAAAUACCGGUAAAGCUAUUGUACAAGUUUAAAGAAAAUAUUUUUGCAAAAGAA